CUCUUGGUGGUUCAGCUGGGGCUGAAUGGCAUGUCACAUCAAUAGGUACUUUGUAUACUUCCACCUCCCCUUUCGGAUGCCAAGACAAGUGGCUCUCAGCUUUUUUUUUGACAAAAUUUUAUAUUGGGCGCGUUUUCUCAUUUUGGGAGCAGAGCUAAGACCUAUCGAGACGAACACCGCAGCAUGGCGCAAGCUUCCGCGGCACAGAUGUCUUGCUUCCUUGACGUGAAGCUGCCCAAUAGGGGCCACAAGAGGCCCGUUGGAAGUCUGCCUUGGCCUUGGGUUCCUGUUUUUGUGGAUUUUAUAAUAAGACCCGCGUUAGUCUGGAUGGAUGAAGAAGCCGGUUGACGAGUUGCUCUCAGUUUUGCACAAAGUUAUACCUACCCUAUAUCCAAAUCCUUGAUGCCGCUACGAUGGCUGAAGGUGCGCAAACGCCAGGAGCCUGCGUGAUUGAAGCAAAUCCUGAUGUUACUGGGAUAGGAAUCCGCGCUUCAAUCUAUACACUCUGCUUGGCUUCCGGCAUCCUCAAGACCAUCAUCCAACUGACCACUUCCGAGAAGAACUAUACCGAGUUUUGCCAGGCCAUCAACUCGGCUCUGCAGCUCCAAGGUCUUGCCUUGCUCUGUACCGCCGUGUACCAGACUUUCAAAGGGCAGCUGACGCUGUUUCACGCCAUCUGCGUGCUGCACCUCCUCUCGCUACUCGGCUUCGGUCUCGUGGCUCAGCGCCGGUACCAAGGCGGCGGCCUCAAACGGUGGCUUGUGAUGGCGGCGCUCCGGGUCAUCAUCGCCUGUGCCUUCACCGCGCUCACCGCGUACAUCUGGGUAACCGCGCCGACGUUCGGGAACCAGCCAGACUGCAACGCAUCGACCGUCUACGUCGUCUUUGGCGUCAGUAUCCGGGCCACCAACGACGUCUUCCGCUACGUCAUCUUGGCGCUGAUGGCGUCCAUGACUGUCGGCUGGGUUCUUAGUAUGGUAAUGUACGUCGUUCUGGCCCACUGCUGCUGCGGGGGCGUGAGGUCGGGCAUGAAGUGGGCGCGGCAGGUGAACCCGGAUGUCGAGGCGUUGAAGAAAGUCAUCGGCCGGAUCAAGGUCUCUGACCCAAGGUUCAAGCAGAACCUCAUCUCUGGGCAGGUGGUGCAGCUCCUCAUCCAGACGGGUAUCAAUGUCUACAUGAUUGUCACACUGGAACAGAUUGUCAAACGCAAUAAUCUGUCGGAGGAGGAGAAGGAAUGGACUUUUGGACAGGUCCUGGCCAUCUUUGUACUACUUGGGGUCGUAGUCGAGGUGAUCAAUAUCCUGCUUCCUAAGCUGGAUGGCGACCUUGAGGGGGUGCCGAUGCAGAACGAGAUUGAAUUGCGCCCGCAAGGUAAUGCAGGCGGCAGGCGGUUGCUCUAAAAAGGGCAGCCGUCUCAUCAGCUGUCCUCACAAUCAGCAAAUGCAUUUGAGUAUGAAAAAAUGUGUAUCCAGUAACCUGGAAAGAUGAUGCCAUCACAGCGUUGUUGUAAAGAGCAAACGACAGUCCUCCCGCUAUCUUCAAGGCAUA